GCCCGGCUCGGCCUCCCGAGGGGCGGCGGGCCCCGAGCGCAGAGCGGCGGCGGCGGGGCGCUGCCGGAGCCCGCUCCGCCGGGCCAUGGCCAGCACCGGCUCCGCGCCCGGGGGCGCCGGCCCGGGCUCGGGCACGGCGCUGCCCACCCGCUUCCAGGAGACGGAGAAGCUGCUGUCGGCGACGGAGGGCCGGGAGGAGAAGGGCCUCCGCGGCUCCAAAUCCUUCACGGCAGCCUUGCCCGGCGAGACGGAGCGCAACGGGCACGGGCUCGGCUACAAGUCGGUGUCGGUCGGGCACCUGGAGGCGCCGCCGCUGUCGCCGUCCCGGCUGAGCCUGGGCAGAGCCUCGUCCACGGCCACCAGCACGGCGGCCCCGGAGCAGGGCCGCCCUCGGGACUACCUGGUGCUCGCCAUCUUCUCCUGCUUCUGCCCCGUCUGGCCCAUCAACAUCGUGGCUCUCGUCUUCUCCAUCAUGUCGAGGAACAGUGGCCAGCAAGGGGACACGGACGGCGCCCGGCGGCUGGGGCGCAUGGCCAGGCUGCUCAGCAUCGUCUCCAUCGUGCUGGGGACCAUCAUCAUCGUGCUCUACAUCUCACUCAGCGUCAGAGUUUCCUAGAAGACGUUUCAGCAUGCAAAUACCUUGAAGAGGAGGAAGACAACUUUCCUUUUGGGGUUUUUACUUUCAGCCUUGCAACAAAACAAAAAAAAAUUGUCACAGUGUAGGUGGGCAGCCCUAGACAGCCUGCUCUGGAGCGCCGUCAGAGGGAACGCAUGCUUCGAUUCACCGCCUCUUGGGAAUGAGCCUGGGCGAGGGACGGGAUAAAAACCACCCUGAGGAGCAAUGGGAGAGGCCACUGAGGAGAGGAGAAAGGGGAAAUCCACUACCUCAUUCCCCUCCAGCAGAACUCACGGAGUGGGGAGACAACUAAAGUGCAAGAGGAGGAGAGAGUCUCCAGAAGGAAGCUGGUUUUGGAAGGAAAACACAAGGCGAGAACGGGACGUUUUUGAGGAGUCCUCCUGAGAAUUUUUGGCACAAGUCGCUGGAUUUUUGGGGGGUUGUUGGUUUUUAAAUCGUCGAAUUCUCUGUCUCUACAACAAAACAAAACAACAAAACAACAAAACAAAGCUCAAACUGCCAUCAGGAGCUGAGAGCUGUUCCACGGAGGAGGAGGAGGAGGGAGAGCAGAGCUGCAGCCGGAGCGCGGCUCUGCUCCCAACGAAACGCAGCCGCCAAAGCCGGAGGAUGUGGUGGGUGCUUUUGUAUUUUUGAUGAAAAAAAAAAAAAAAAAAAAAAAAAAAAGAAAAAAAAAAGAGACAAUGACCAUUUGCAUGCCUUUGGGAAUGUUCUCCAUGUCUGUUCCUACGAGCUCUUUUAUCACUUAGGGCAGAUCUCAGAGCUGGCAGAGGAGGAUGUUGCUGCAUGAGUACCCCGGACUCCUCCUCACCCCCAUCCCAUGGUGGGCUUUUUAAAGGAAGGCAAAAUCAGGCGUUCCCUGUGAACCCACGCAUUUCUCUGUGCAGCCAAAGGGAGGUUAGCAGCCCUGGCACUGAGACAAGAGCCUGGUUAAUGCCCAGCAGCAGCACCAAGGCACGGAGAGCCCCUUGUGCCCGCUCACACCCCGAUGUCACGGCACGCAGAGGCUUCAGCGUCAUCCAGCCCCCACCACUGCCAGUGCUCAUCCCCCCAACCCUCUGGGGCUUCAGCUUUGGGCCUUCCAGGAGAUUUUCAGGGGCAUGGAGGAGUUUUAGGCUCCUGCUCCUCUCCUUGCACCCCUCACACAGCUCUUCUGCAGCUCUGAAAAUCCCCGGAGCUGCCCGGGGUCAGUUCUGCGAGUCGUUGUAUUCUUUUUUAAUGUUUUGUAUUUAACACAACAAGAAAA